GGUCCGGGAACAGACAAACAGACCACGGAGCAGACGUCGUCUUUGGCAGAGAGCGACGAUUUAUGAACGAGAGCGAUCGCCUGUUGUUGUCGUCGUCGUCGCUGACACGUCACGUCCUUUUGAUCGCUGUUCUUGUUGUCGCCGCUCUAGAAAUUCGCGGCUGAGUUAGGAGAGCGUCGGGUAGGGUUGUUGUGUCGCGAUUGGAGCUGUUUGAUCGUGUUUUGGUUCGGUCGCAGUUGUGGGUUGUAUUUCGUGAAUUCUGGAGCCCAAACACCCCUCUGGGCAUCCCUCGAGAGUCCAAAUGAAGGGGCGGCACCAGUUCAGGAGAAGGUUCAGUCUGCAGCCGUCGUUUCUCAAAGAGGAGCCGGACGAGGACAGCAGACAUCACAAUGCCAACAAAGUUCUCAGAUCGCAGAGAAGCGAAGAUGUGGACUCGAUGGAUAAGGAAGGCGGAGUGGCGCCGGCGGGCAACGUCCGGCACAAGAUCGUCGUGAUGGGUGCGGCCAAAGUGGGCAAAUCCUCCAUCAUCUCACAGUUCCUCUACGGCACGUUCUCGUCCAAAUACAAGAGGACAGUGGAAGAGAUGCAUCACGGUGAUUUCAACGUACAAGGGGUCCAUCUGACACUGGAUAUUCUCGACACUUCCGGCGCUUACGAAUUUCCCGCCAUGAGGGCGCUGUCGAUCUCUUCGGCGGACGCGUUCGUACUGGUCUAUGACGUCACGGACACGAACACCUUCGAAGAGGCCCGAGCGCUACGGGAUCAGAUCCACGAGACCAAGUGUUCGACCAACGUGCCCAUCGUUGUCGUUGGGAACAAAGUCGAUUUGACCGGCAACAGAGAGGUUGAUACUGCUACUACAGAAUCAGUCGUAACCGUAGAUUGGGAAAAUGGUUUUGUGGAAGCUUCCGCUAAAGAAAAUAUCAACGUAAGCAAAGUAUUUAAAGAACUUCUCGCACAAGCCAAGGUAAAGUACAAUUUGUCUCCGGCCCUGCGCAGGCGCAGGCGUCAGUCGUUGCCGACAGGGCCCGUGGGGCCCAGCACACCUUCCCACGCCGCCACCGCGCCUAUGAUCCCGUCAGCCGUCCAGCUGCAGCACCUGCAGCAGAUCAGAGACAAGCAGGGCAAGCGAAACUCCUGCGUCAUCUCCUAAGAGGAUGGGACACCGCGAAAUGCUGACGGGGGUCGCGGAAAUCCCCCGAGAUGUUGGCGAAUCGUAGAAGUGCGACUCGAGUGUUCUACGACGCUUACGUCGUAGUUUGAGUGAGAUUUCUACGAUUCUGUGUGAAGUGUCGUAGCGGUCUUAAUGCGGGUAUUUAUCGAAAAUAGACGGGCAGUUGCUGCAAUGUAGUUUUUUUUAGUGAUGGGAUAACUCAAGCGAAAAUUCGCUCGAGUACUCGAUUAUUGAAAUAACCGACAUCGCUCGAUUAUGAAUGAGCGAUGCAAGUGACGAGUUACAAGCGACGAACGCAAGCGAUCCUAGAAUGAUAUAAAUUGAAAUUCGAUUUUAAUGUGAUAUACUCUAUAAAAAGCCGAGCAAAUUUUCUACAUACAUUCCAGGUAGCAAAUUUAUACGAUGUUAUCCGUUGCGUAUCUGAGGGACAAAAUUUUAC